CUGAGCAGAGCAGGGCAGAGCAGAGCGAGGGACCAGGCGGUGCAGGCUGCCCAGCCGUGCUCAUGCUGCCGCUGCCUCUGCGCCUCCGCCCCGGGCGGGUGAGGGGCUCCCCGCUGCUCCGCCCGGCCGCACUACGGGGAGCUGCCGCCGGCGAGGGGCCCGGACGGGGCCCAGCAGUCCCCCGCGCUGAACAGGCACACAAAGCGGUUGCAAGCUACAAACCUUCAAAGUUUGACAAGAAAAUCCUCCUCUGGACCGGUCGCUUCAAGACGGAAGAAGAGAUUCCUCCAAGGAUCCCGCCAGAGAUGCUAGACAGGGCGAGGAACAAAGCCCGUGUUAAAGCCUGUUACAUCAUGAUCGGCCUUUCAAUUGUUGCCUGUUUUGCGGUGAUUGCUUCAGCAAAAAAGGCGGCAGCACGGCACGAGUCCCUGACAAGCUGGAACUUGGCAAAGAAGGAGAAGUGGAGGAAAGAGGCCGCGCUGGCAGCAGAGUCAAAGCCAAAGUAACGUUGUGAGAUGGCCCCUGUCCUUAUCGGAGCAAAGUUAACAGUCAAGAGUGGUUAGUGAAUUUCACCACCAAAUGGACAACUGUAGCAUUGCACAAACUGGAGCUAACAGCACGUAACAAACUGAUCAGCGAGAAUACUUCAAAUUUUACAUACUGAGAGGCUUGGGCAAAGGAAGGCAAGGGAAACCAACUGCUAAUUUCCAAAUUCUCUAGUCCUUAGAAACUUCAUAAGAAUUCCCCAAACAAGUGGUCAGUUCUGCACAUGACUAUCACACAACUGUAUGUUUGGUGUGAUGUUCAUUCAAUUAAUUAAAAUGUAUUUAAAACCAAGAGGUGCCCUGUCAGGGGACAGUGCAUAGUUUCACAGUGCACAAACCAGC